GACCACCAUGACCCUUAGGGCUCCGGAUGUUUGUAGGUGUUUUGUACAAUCUCUGUUUCGGCCCAAGCAAGCCUCAAAUAUGAUAAUGUAGCCUAUUCAAAGUGUUUGUUUUUUCAUAUAGUUUUAACACUGUCAUUUCUGGAUGAAUAGUAUAGUUACUCAUAGUUUGCACUGAGAGAUGUUAUCAUUACCAGUUGAAUAGCUGAAAUACCUUUUUUUUAGUAGAUCUUUUUAAAGCACUCAAUUUUAUACUUGCAAUUGUCAGUGUAGGCUAUCAGCUUUGUGCCAAUUUAGCUUUAGUCCAAAACAAAAGCAUUAGCUCAGUUUGUAAAAUAGGUAGGCCUUGUAAUUACAUAAUUAUUAGGCAAUACAAGCGUGUUAGUCACCCAAAGAAACUAUAGUUAGUUAGGCCACUUGGUGUUGCCUUACGUAACCCCACCGCUGCUGGAGAAAAUGGCUAUGACUAUAAACUUGUUAUGGAAGCUGUCCACCAAUCCAGUGACUGCAUCUUAUUCACCCAUAAGCCUACACCCAGAGAAAAUGAAAAAUACCUAAUGCUGAAAUCUUACUUUAUUUCCUGGCAUUGGCUUAGCCUAUAGUUAUGUCUAUGGCAUUUUUACAACUUAAUUAGGUGGUUUCUUCUGCACGUAGCCCUACAGAUUAAGUAGUUUAAGCUGUUUUGCCAUGCAGGGAUGGACCCAUCUAUAAACAAUCUUGCAAUGGGGUUGGCUCACCAUCCUUAAAAAAAAAAAAAAAAAUUGCUGGGGCUGAACUUACAACUGUCUGAACGUGAUGUUUGGAAGGCACUUGCAUGUGACAAGUUUAAAUAUUUGAAUUUAAAUUAUAGUUUGUUGGUUUAAUUAUUGCCAAUUAAUGCAUCUGACCUUACAAAAGUUUUGUAUGCACGUUUAAUAAAUAUCCACACCACCGGAAGUCAAUGUGAAGAAUGUCUGUUCAUUUCCGGUCUUUGGAAAAAGAAUUGUUUUCCUCCAUCCUGGCACUUGUCUCCAUCCUGGUCUCUCCGAAGUGCCCGGACCAAAAACAGGAAGUUGAUUAUGAACAGAGGGGAGGAUGCGUCUGGCACUGUGACUCUGGAAUCUGUGAACUCGGUCACCUUGACCCAGGACACGGACGGCAACAUCAUACUCCACUGUCCUCACAAUGGUGACGAUACUGUGCUGGAGGCGGGGUCGGAGCAGGUGGCCAAGAGACUGCGGCUGUCCAAUGAGGAGCUACAAGAUUCACAAGACUCCACCCCUCAGUAUUCAGUGGUCACCCUCCCUAUUUCAGAGAAUGACGAGGGAUUUGAGGUGACAAUGACUGCAACGGAGAUGACGGAGGGUGAGCUCGAUCAGGAUGGAAUGGCCCAGAUUCAGAUACUGCAGGACGAGGAUUCUCUCUCCCCUCAGAAAACAGAUGUUUCCCCUGUGAGUCAAGCAUGGUUCACCACAAAAGAGGACAAAGACACACUUGUCAAUAAAGGGCACAAGUGGAAGCAAGGGAUGUGGUCAAAGGAAGAGAUUGACAUUCUGAUGAAUAACAUUGACAGUUACUUGAAGGGCCGUGGCAUCCAGGAUCCCACAGAGAUAAUAUUUGAGAUGUCGAAAGACGAGCGCAAGGAUUUCUACCGCAGUAUUGCGUGGGGUCUGAACCGCCCACUGUUCGCUGUGUACCGCCGUGUGCUGCGCAUGUAUGAUAACCGCAACCACGUGGGCAAGUAUACACCAGAAGAGAUUGAGAAGCUGAAAGAGCUUCGGCAGAAGCACGGUAAUGACUGGGCCACCAUAGGGGCAGCACUGGGUCGGAGUGCUUCAUCUGUAAAAGACCGCUGUAGACUAAUGAAGGACACAUGUAACACAGGUAAGUGGACCGAGGAGGAGGAGCGACGGCUGGCAGAGGUGGUGCACGAGCUGACGGGCACGGAGGUGGGCGAGGUGGUGACGCAGGGCGUGUCGUGGGCCUCGGUGGCCGAGCUGGUGGGCACGCGCUCAGAGAAGCAGUGCCGCUCCAAGUGGCUCAACUACCUGAACUGGAAGCAGAGUGGGGGCACCGAAUGGACCAAGGAGGACGACCUCAACCUGGUGCGCAGGAUUGCUGAGCUGGGAGCUGAAGAUGAGAAUGAGAUUCAUUGGGAGAAACUGGCAGGAGGCUGGAGGAGCGUCCGGUCGCCCCAGUGGCUCCGCAGUAAAUGGUGGACCAUCAAGAGACAAGUAGCCAAUCACAAAGAGUUGCCUUUUCCUGUGCUUUUGAAAGGACUCCAAGACGUGGCUGAGACACAGUCCUACAGUAAGGUGCUGCUGGUUGGCUCUCGGGCCGGAAGCUCCUCCCCUCCAGUCACAGCGCUCCAGAUCCCAGUGCAGAUCCCUGUCCAGAUUACACACGUCUCUAACGACGGUGGCAGUGCUUCUACUGAGGGCGAAACCAUCACUCUAAACCAAGGGGCCCUGCAGACAUUUGAGCUGGUGCCUUCAUUCCAUCUGCAGCCCACUGGCACCCCGGGCACAUAUUACAUCCAGACGACGGGGACCAAUCAGAAUCUCCCGCUCACACUGUCAGCCAAUCCCACGGUCACUCUGACUGCAAGUGCGUCACCCACAUCGCCAGAUCAGAUCAUCUUACACAGCCUUACUACUGAUGGACUGAAUGAGAACAUGUCGGUGCAGAUGGCUCACCCAGGGGUCAUCAUCCAGACAGUCACUUCUGACCUUUGCCCCUCUGAGCCUCUGGAAGGGGAGGAGCCAAAGGAGGACGGGUCGGGCGAAGGGGCGGAGCCCAGCGACAAACUCCAGAGUUCCACAGAAGCAGAGGGCACGACUGAGGAGCUCACACACGCACUGCGUGCCAAGACUCUAGAUUCUCCAGCGUUGGAGACACCUGCAGUGGAUUCUGGGAUAACUGAGGGGGCGGUUCUUAUUGUCCCUUCCCCCAAUAGCUUUAUCCCAACCAGUGACAACAUCACAGAUGACAUCAGCACCGAAUCCGUCCUACCCUUAGGAACACUGACAGAUCCAAUACUACAGAAUCAGGAGGAAGGGUCUGACUGAGGCCUUCAGAACAGAACCUUUUGGAACUCACCCAGUGUUCUCAGUUCUACAGACCUCUCUGGAAGCCGCAGAACUUUGUUUAAAAGUCAAUGGGUUCCAUCGGAUGUGAACAUGAACACUAAAACCUGCUCCAUGUAACUGCAUUGAUCGCACAUUCAACCACAUAAGUACACACAAACACGAACCAGAUGCCACAUUGCAGUACAGUGGAAGAUGCUCUCUAAAACUCCAGUCUCCAUGAUGCACUGGUGCACCUCAACUUAUGAACAUCUUUGAACACAACUCACAGCCUCAUCACUGGUUUACACACACACACAAACAGAACAGUUUCUUCAUACACAUGAGCACUCCAUAGACUGGUCCUCAAGCAUAGCAUACCUCACACACAUAUUGCACCCUUGUAGCCACCUAAUUCUCUCACACAGACACAAAGCAUUAUAAUUAGCAGGUUAGUGCUAGGCCAACUGUUUGUUUGUGCGUAUAAUCUAGCAAAUUACUGGUCUAAUACUGUUUACUGUUGAUGUACAAAGAUGUAGGUAGAUGAUUUUUUUUGUAAAUAUCUUUCAUCAGGUAUAUUUGAUUUAAAAGGUUGUGAGUGGGACAGCAGAGACAAAAAGUGAAGCAAUGGCGUUUAAUUUUCCAAUGGAUGUGUGUAUGCGUGCGUGCGUGCGUGUCCAGCUUCUCUCUUUGGCAUGUGUGUAUGUUUAUUUAUUAAAGCCCUGCAGUAUGUGUGUUGUCAUGGUAGUG